AUGAAGUUCUCGACCAGCAUACUGUUUCCUCUCGCCGCGGGUGCCUUUGCUUCAGCUAGUGGCAGUACAUCCACCAUUACCAUCACCAGCAACAAGCUGACGCGGUCGUUUCUGCUCUGGGUGUCGUCCACGUACAGCUCCAAAACCCCGGGCUCUGUGCUUCUCUCGUUCCACGGCGGCAACAAGACGGCCAAAGAUCAGCUCGAGCUGGACGGCUUCACGACGGCCGACACCAACGCCGUCUCCAUUGUGGUAUACCCUCAAGGCGUCAAAGGCGUACCCGGCGACACCAUCAACGACGUGCUCUUCACCAACGACAUCCUCGACUAUCUCGAGAGCAAGUACAACGUCGACACGGCGCGCAUCUACGCCUCUGGCAAGUCCGACGGCGGCGGCUUCUGCAACAUCCUGGCCUGCGACGCGCGCGCCUCGCGGCGCAUCGCCGCCUUUGCGCCCGUCUCCGGCGCGUUCUACGUCGCCGCGUCGCCGUGCCACCCCGACACCGUGCCGCUGCUGGCGCGCUGCCGGGGCCGCGCCGACGUCCCGCUCAUCGAGUUCCACGGCGGCAACGACUCCACGAUCCACUACGCGGCGCAGUGGGCGCUGCGCAACGAGCUCGGGCUGCAGAACCAGACGAGCGCCGUGGCGCCGAAUACCGUGGCGUAUAAGUACGGAAGCGGCGACAAGGCCGGCUUGGUCACGCACGUUUUCGAGUCGGAUAUCGGGCAUGACUGGCCGAGCACGGCGCCGAACGCAGACAACUCGAAAAAAGGACCACCAUGUGGCGAGCUACAAUGCCACGCCCAUCAUUUUGGACUAUUUUUCCAAAUAUCGCUUACCGCAUGGUCUUUUGACCGAGACACCACCAGCGAGAAAUAG